AUGGAAUUGGGUUCUGGGCAUCGAUCCAAGAGAGAAAUCGAGACGAAACGAUUGAAAUCGGAGACAAUCGGGUUGAAUUCCGAUGCCCUUUUGGUGAUAAAGCUUCCAACUUCACAGGUUUUAAGGGUUGCGUCUCGGUCUCUGUUUUUAGCCUUUCUAAUACUUGCAUUGCCUUCUAUUGUCUCCGUCAUGAGAGGACCCCCGAGUUCUUUGUUUGACUAUGAAGCAAUUGGGUCUGAUUCGUUCGGUUUCGAAUUCUUGCCUUUGCUUUUUCACGAUUUGUGGGACGAAGGAUUGCUUAUAGAAGGCGAUAGAGCUCUCGUUGUGAGCUCUCGUGUUGGGAAUUUCAUGGAUUAUUCGGAAUUCUUGAACGAGAAUGAUAUUGAUUUGGCAAUCGAAUCCGAUCUAGAAAGCCAAAGCUUGAUUCCAGAUGAGACAUUUGAUUUCUUAUUCACAUUGAACUAUAAAGUUGCUAAAUCUGUGGAUCGGGUUAUCAAAAUUGGUGGUCUUUUGGUUAUGCAACUAAGCAAUGACCCUUCAAAUACUUUCCAACAAGACUCAAAUUACAAAAUUGUGUAUAUUAGGCGAUUCAACAACUCCACUGUGGUUGCAAUGAGAAAAACAGGUUUGAUGAUUGAGUCGGUGAAUUUGCCAAGAAAGCUGCAACAUUGUGGUAGUAUGGUGGAAGCUAAAAAAGAGGUUUUGAAGGGUUUAGAAGAUGUAUUGUUUGAGCCACCGCCUAGACAAGCAUUGGCAAAGUCGAGUGCUUACUUGGAAAAACCCAAAUUCUUGCCAGACUUGUUACAAGAUUCCCUGGAAAGUUACAAAAAACGAAUUUUCAUCACAGAUGACAGUGGCGGUGUUGUGGAAUGGUUUAAUAAGAAUUACCCAACAAGGGAUCAGCAUUUUGAGGUCUACAAUUUGGAGAUUGAUCUUCAUGAAUCGAUGAGCACAAGGAUGCCGAAGAUGAUUGGGAUGUCGGAUUGGUUCAUGGAGAAUGUUAGGGAGGAGGAUUUUGUUGUGAUGAAAGCUGAAGAGCGGGUGGUGGAGGAGAUGAUGAGGAAGAAGACAAUAUGUUUGGUGGAUGAAUUGUUUUUGGAAUGCAAGAACCAAUGGGAAGGUGGUUUGGAGGAAAAUGAGGGAAACAGAGCUUAUUGGGAGUGCUUGGCAUUGUAUGGAAGGCUUAGAGAUGAGGGGGUUGCUGUGCAUCAAUGGUGGGGUUGA